AUGGCGCUCAUCAUGCUUUCACUUGCCCUCUUUCAUCUACUUUCGAGUGUCUCUGCCACCCCUCCUGUCCGCCAAAACCAGUCUUGCAACUCCGUUGACAACGGCUACCACUGCUUUACGCAUAUCUCACAUCUUUGGGGCCAAUAUUCGCCUUAUUUCUCCCUGGAGCACGAGUCGGCUAUCUCUCUAGAUGUACCUAGCGACUGUGAGAUUACCUUUGCGCAGGCGCUCUCCCGUCAUGGUUCGCGGUAUCCGACGGAGACAAAGACAGCAGCAUAUGCUAAGCUAAUAAAUGCCGUCAAGGCUAACGCGACUUCAUUUACGGGGAAGUAUGCCUUUUUACAGGGCUAUCACUAUACCUUGGGUGCAGAUGACUUGACCACUUUUGGAGAGGCGCAGAUGAUCGAUUCGGGAGCCAAGUUCUAUCGUCGGUAUAAGACUUUAGCAAAGAGCAUUACUCCAUUCAUUCGGGCGUCUGGAUCAGAUCGUGUUGUGGUGUCUGCAGACAAAUUCAUCGAGGGGUUUCAAAGCGCGAAGCUCGGGGAUGGCAAUCUUAAAGGCGAUGCUGCAAUCAUUAACGUUAUCGUCCCUGAGGGCGUCGGGUUCAACAAUACCUUGGACUCCAGCACCUGUACGGACUUCGAGAACAACAAGACAGGGAGCGUGAUAAAGUCGAACUUCAUGGCCUUAAUGACGCCACCGAUCUGCAAGCGAUUUGAAGCUGAACUUCCCGGCGUCAGCUUGACAGGUCAGGAAGUCAUCUACCUCAUGGACAUGUGUUCGUUUGAUACCGUGGCAAUCACCACAGACGGUAGCGAGUUGUCUCCAUUCUGCGGUCUCUUCUCGGACGAAGAAUGGGUACAAUAUGACUACCUGCAGUCCCUAGCCAAGUACUAUGGUCACGGCGCUGGCAAUCCUCUCGGCCCCGCGCAGGGUAUUGGCUUCGCCAACGAGCUGAUCGCCCGACUCACGCAGUCUCCUGUGAAAGACGACACAAGCACGAAUCGAACACUAGACUCUAACCCAGCCACGUUCCCACUAGACACCAAGUUGUACGCCGACUUUUCGCACGAUAACGAUAUGAUCUCGAUCUUCUUCGCUAUGGGGUUGUACAACGGCACCGCGCCUCUUUCCAAAACUUCCGUCCAAAGUAUAACGGAGAUGGACGGGUACGCGGCAUCGUGGGCUGUCCCAUUCGGCGCGAGAGCCUACUUUGAGACGAUGCAGUGCAAGAACGAAAGCGAGCCGCUUGUUCGCGUCUUGAUCAACGAUCGGGUCAUUCCGUUGCAUGGUUGCGAGGUUGACCGGCUGGGACGCUGCAGGUUAGACGACUGGGUCAGUGGGCUGAGUUUUGCUCGGAGUGGAGGGAACUGGAAGAGCUGCUUUGCUGGAUAA